AAGGAGGAAAAGAAAGAGAAGAAAGACAGGAGAAAGGGAAGGAAGAAAAGGAAGGAAAGACAGGAGAAAAGGAAGAAAGAGAAGAAAGAGAAGAAAGACAGG